AGCGCAUUGAGGGAGCAUCCCUAAUUCCGACCUCAGCUUGCCCACCCUACCGCGUGUCAGGGUUUCGAAACAAACCGUCCUGACGCGACAAGCACACCAAAGCUCAGUCCUCCAGUAUCCACCUUAUCAACACCACCCAUACCCUCGCCGCCCCGGUUUCCAGCUUCAGCUCUUCACCAACAACGUAUCACACAAGCAAGCAAACAUGCCUUUCUCCUCCGUCUUCCGCCGCGCCGCUGUCGCCCCGGCCUCUGCUGCUCGGGCCUUCAGCACCACCACCCCUCGACCUCUGGCCAAGAUCACCAUCAUCGGUAAUCUCGCCGACACCCCCGAGGUUCACUCCACCAGCACCGGUCGCGAGAUCCUCCGCUACGCUGUCGCCAGCAACAGCGGCCCCCGAGACAACCGCAAGACCAGUUGGUUCCGAGUCACUAGCUUCGCCGAGGGCCCUCAGCGCGACUACCUCAUGAACCUUCCUAAAGGUGCCAGCGUCUACGUCGAGGGUGAUGCCUCCUUGAGCAACUACACCGACUCCAACGGUCAGAACCGAAGCAGCUUCAACAUUGUCCAGCGCAACCUCGAGGUUCUCCGACGUCCCCAGGCUCCUGAGCAGGGCGAGUAAGAAGCAAAUAUCAAUGGAAUUCCUUCUUGAAACAUGGUCGCAAAUAAAUCGCCUGGCCGUAGUCUUCUGCCUACUUGUUCUCCUCUCUCACCAUGACCGGUUUCUUUUGUUGGAUGUUAAUGUAUGGAUGUAAUGUACGAUGAGCGUUGUGCACAACCUUAGGAGGAUCUGUAUGAUACCAUGAUGCAAUAAACGUUGUUGAUCACACACUUAUUCCUUCAUCGUGUGCUUACACAUACAGGCUACAGAAUAGCGGCUAUGGUUCGGGAGGGGCUGUGAAAGCACUACUCCGUAAACCAUGAUCAUAAGUAUGUGUGACCUCAGCUCUUUAGACGCAUGGUGGAUUCUUCUCCUUUUCGGCAAGUUUCUAAUACAGCAGGUAAGGAUUCCUCUAGGAAGGCAGGCAUGCUUGUCAACAAGAAAUUGUACGGUGUCGAUAUGGAUGCUGAAAGAGCUAUUCCGGAAAUCUGAGAGCAUCUACACCAGCGCACAACUGUCCAUACAUCCAAAACCAGCAGCGACCCCACCUUCCUCGCUCUUAUCGCCCUUUGUGCGCAAAAGAUACCCGGCUUCCUCGUUGUGGUGAACUUUGCCUGUGCUCUGGUCCCAUAUGCAAGUACCAUAGAUCCCCAGCUCGCAAAUAACACCGCCUUGCUCUAGAUUGCCAUUGCGAAGAAUGAUGUUAGUGACUGGUGGGGGAGUGAUGAGCUCCAUGAGAAUAUAAGACCCCCAGUGGGAUUCGGGAACAGAUUUGAGGAAGUCUGGAAUAGCACCUCGAUAGAUGUUGUUGCCACCACCUUCACGCUGGGGCUUCAACACAUAAUUUUGGCAAAUCUUGGGGUCGAGGGCCUUCUUCCGAGCCUCAAGGCCAGCAUCGCUGCUAUCCAUCGGGUAGAUGUUGGUAAAUGUGCGCCACAGCUCAGUUGCGUCAUCCGUGUCAUCGCGAAUGAACCUACUAAGAGCCGAGGACUCUGUGGAAGGGCGCGGUGUUGCGAGAAUUUGUUGAACCUUCUUCGUUCCAGCUAAUUGAGUCAGGACACUAGGGCAUUUAAUAGCAUUCGACCUCUCCAGGUGAUAACGAGCCUGCCAAGCUUGUUGAUCAGGGUAAUCAGAAGGUCCAUAUCCAGAUCGCAUGUAGAUCACAGCAACUUCGUAAAUCUUUGAACGGUUUCUUGGAAGGAUGUACAGAAGCUGGCGUUUAGAGGUGUCUGCAAUCUUGCUGUGCUGUAGGAUUUGGGAAUAAGGUAGUCGGAACACAGGGAUAGAUGACGAAGAGCUAGCGAUUUGAUAUUCAAGAUGGCGUUGGUCGAAGAUGUUCCUCUCGCCGUCUUGUACGAGAAAGAUGACACACUUCUGGUGGCCAAGUUCAGAGUCGGGAUAAAUAUUGUACGCUUCCACGAUACCUGCUGCUAAGCCACGAGUGCUGGUGUUCUCGGGCAGGUCUAGUGAUCCUUGUGUAAUAGGGUUUUCCAAAAUCGGGUACUCCGUUGUAGCAAGAUACCUGUUCUUAUUAGGCUCAGUUUAUUAAUGGACGGCUUAGGAAGGGAGUCGAAUUACUUGUGGAGAGC